CGACGGCACGCAGUACGGGCAAUGCCCUCUUUGCAAGGGGGCAAUUGCGAAUGCAACUGCCUUGCCGUCGGGGUAUGUUUUCUGCUAUCGUUGCGCGUACGAACAGGUACAAAAGGAGGGCAGGUGUCCGGUUACGCUUCUUCCGGCGCGGUUAUGGGAGUUGAGGAAAGUGCUGGUCUGAUGAUCCCUCGGGGGUGAUAUAGUUAGCACGCACGUUCGUGAACGUCCAGCCCAGGCUGUUUCGAGCGUAGCGCUGUCGCGGUAUCUGAUAUAGCUUUCGCUGCACAAGCUGGCCAUAUACUAUGAGUUAAAGAUGAGAUAUCACUCCUCUCGCCUUCGA